AUGAUGCUGGCUUUGGGUUUUGAUGUUCGAUGGGUGCAGUUAAUCAUGAAAUGUGUAUCUACAGUCUCGUAUAAUUUAUUGAUGAAUGGCGCUAGAAGUGACCCUAUUAUACCCACAUGUGGUUUAAGGCAGGGGGACCCAUUAUCUCCAUAUCUUUUUAUUAUUUGUGCAGAAGGCCUUUCUCUGUUAUUACAGCAGGCUCACAGGGGUUUGAUCCAUGGAUGCAGAGUGGCAAGAGGUGCUCCCCCAAUCUCUCAUUUGUUUUUCGCUGAUAAUAGCCUUCUGUUUUUUAAAGCUAAUGUUGAAGAGGCCAGUGAGAUUAAGAGGUGUCUAUCGGUCUAUGAGGAUUUAUCUGGGCAAGUGGUUCUGGGAGUUGACCAAGCUCCUAAUUUUGGCAAGUAUUUGGGACUCCCCUCAUUUGUAGGGAGAAACAAAAAGGCAGCUUUUGCGUAUAUAGAGGAUAAAAUCCGGCAAAGAAUUGGGUCAUGGAAUAAGAGGUUAUUAUCGCAGGCAGCGAUUGAGAGGACAAUGAAUCGGUACUGGUGGGACUCGGGAACUGAUAGACAAAUACAUUGGAAGGCUUGGGACAAACUGUGUGUUCGUAAGAAAUUUGGGGGUUUGGGAUUCAAGGAUUUGCGUGCUUUUAAUCUGGCUAUGUUGGGAAAACAGGACGACCAAGACCCUAUGGUACAAACGGAGAUGCCAGUACAGUUACAGGAUGCCAAAGUGGUGGGAUUGAUUGAUCAGCAAACUCGGACAUGGGAUCUUUCGAUUUUAACUGAUCUUUUUCAUCCUGGUGAUGUGGCGAAUAUUCUAAAAAUACCAGUUUCUCCAGAUUAUGAUGACACUUGGUAUUGGCCUGGGGACCCGAGAGGAGUUUAUUCUGUGAAAGACGGUUACAGAUUAAUAGUUGGUAAUUAUGGGAAUGAGAGUGGGACCUUUACAAAAUGGUUAGCCUUGUGGAAACUCAAAAUCCCCCCAAAAUGGAGAAUGUUCCUAUGGAGAGCCAUUUGUGAUAUACUGCCUACCACCUCUAACUUGCUUAUAAAGAGGGUUGAAGUGAACCCAUAUUGUGCCAUGUGUGGAAUAUCUCAAGAGGACACUAUGCAUGCCUUGGUGUUAUGUGAACUUGCAAAGAACAUUUGGGACCGAUCCAACCUUCCAAUCCCCAAUAUUAUGACGAAUGGCGGUUUGGAAUGCGCUAUUACCACGACCACAAGCCUUGCUGGCAGCCGCGACCAUGGCAAUGCAUGCAUGGAAACACGCAAAUCCGCCGGUAGCUCAAAGCCACGCAGCACUGCCGCCUACGCAAUCUCCUCAUCUUGGCGGUCAGGCGCCGUUCGGGCUCACAAUGCUGUACAGGAGGAGCCAUCAAGGAGGCUUUGUCGAAUCGAUGCUGGGUUUAUGCAAAAUACGGGCAAGGCUACGGUUGGGGCAAUCCUCUUAGACAUGAAUGGAGGCUAUGUCUCGGCCUUCAGUGCACCACUCCCGGAUUGUUUUUCACCUCUUAUGGCCGAGGCAUUGGCAUGCAAGGAGGCCUUGUCAUGGUUAAAGGACCGAGGGGAGCAGAACAUCGAGAUAUAUACAGAUUGUUUAAUGCUACAACGUUAUCUUACUACAUCACCUAUUACGUUUCGCACUUACGACAGCUAUGCCAUUGAUGCAUGCAGAGCAGUUACAGCUUAUUUUCAGUUUUGUUCUUUCCACUUUAUUUCUAGACUAGACAAUUUUAUAGCUCAUGCUUUAGCUACUUCAGCAUAUCAGCAAUCGGUUGCUAUAUGUUCUUUCUUCGAGUUCUACUAUGAAAGAAUACAGCCAAACAGGUACCAAGAAAGCAAAGACAACCCUGAUGACAAAAGUGGUGUGAAAGCACUGCAUGCCUGCAGUGCAAAUACCGCCACUGUCCCCAGAAAUCAUCCCUUGUCUCUUGUAAAGAUAAGCUUCAAAGUCCCCAAAGAUGAAGGAGCUAAUGGGUAUAUUAAUCACCAAAAUUCUUGGCCCCAAAGAGCUAGCUUAGUGGUGGUGGAGACUGCAACGUAA